GAGAGAGAGAGAGAGAGAGAGAGAUGAGCAGGAGAGGAAGAGGGAGCAAAAACAUAAAGAUGUGCAGAGGAAUUGAUGAAAUGACACUGAGAGGGAGAGUGUAAAGGCACGUGAAAAAGGCAGCGUCAGUGACAGCGCAGACAAAGGUAGUAUCAGAGUGCAUGUCUGCCGUUCGUUUCAUUCAUACACACACACACACACACACACACACUUUCUCUUUUUCAUUCACACACACACAUACGCACACCCUCGAGCAGAAUCAGACGAGCUGUGUGGGUGUGAGGCGGCAUGAGAAGUGGUAUCUUUACUUCCACACAUACGGCCAGCUGAUGGACUAACUUAAUAAGACACACACCUACUGUGUGCACCCUCACAGGCACAACUUAAUUAUAGGCUCGCCGACACACUCACACCCCCAGGAGGAACAGAAGUCAACAUGGGUCUCGUGAUGGGCACCUUUUCCAUGCAGUCCAAGCAAGUGAGCUACCACAAAGCCAUUGAGAGGGAGGAGAAGAGGAUGAGAAGAGAAAGAACGAGGGCGCGGGAGCGUGCGUUCUAGCUGUCCUGACACGUGACGCCAGAGACACACAGACUUCAGCAUCCAGACGCAAUUGUUCCCACGACGACAGCAGCAAACAUGGGGGCUGUGGUUGGCACGCUGACCAUGCAGACCAAGCAGAGGAGACCGUCCAUGGACAAAGCUGACGAUGAUUUGGAGAUGACCAUGGUGUGCCAUCGACCGGAGGGCCUCGACCAGCUAGAAGCUCAGACCAACUUCAGUAAAAGAGAACUCCAAGUGCUCUACAGAGGCUUCAAGAACGAGUGUCCGAGUGGAGUCGUAAAUGAAGACACAUUUAAACAAAUAUACUCACAGUUCUUCCCACAUGGAGAUGCCAGCGCCUACGCACACUACCUGUUUAACGCGUUUGACACCGGAAACACUGGAUCAAUCAAAUUUGAGGACUUUGUGACAGCUCUGUCCAUCCUGCUGAGAGGUUCCAUCACAGAGAAGCUCCAGUGGACCUUUAACCUCUACGACAUCAACAGAGAUGGCUACAUUAACAAAGAGGAGAUGACAGACAUUGUCAGAGCAAUAUACGACAUGAUGGGGAAGUACACAUACCCGGCGUUGAAAACCGAUGCACCCAAACAGCAUGUGGAUGCCUUCUUUCAGAAGAUGGACAAAAAUAGAGACGGCGUUGUCACUCUGGAUGAAUUCAUCCUUUCUUGUCAGGAGGAUGAAAACAUCAUGAGAUCUCUGCAGCUCUUUGAAAACGUCAUCUAAACAACAAACAUGAGGGAGAUGGAGCAACAGAUGGAAGCACCGAGGGAAGAAGGCGAGCAGUUUGCACACACAAAAAAAGGACAACUUGAGGGGGGAAAAAGGAAAGAAGGAGCUUUAAUUGCCACUUUGGGUGUUAUGAUUUCCCUCAGAACUGCAUGAAGGACAUCUUACUGUAACAACUCUGUGGCAACAAAAAACCCUCACUGGUUUCUGGAAAAAAUGACUUUACUUUGUCUUUGUGUGAGUGUCCAGCUCAUCUCUGUCUCCUUCGGUUGUUGCUGAUGUGACAGGUGCUGUCGUCUCAGACUCUGUGUGUGUGAGUGUGUGUGUGUGGUCACACCACUGUGUACAGUAAAUAUUCGGCCUCUCCCUUUUUUGGUCUGGUGUGUUAACUGUUAUCCAGCCAGGCUGAAAUUCCUCCCAGGAUCUUUGCUGGUGAGACUGCAAAGGUUGCUCACUGAUGACUUAAACACGUUCAGAUUUUAUUGUAGAGUUCUGCGCCACUAAAAAUGAGCAAUAUUGUGAAUGAAGCAUGCAGGAUGGCGGCCCACGUUGUAUCCAAUAUUUAUUACACGAGCCAGAAGAAUCCGAUGGAAGAUUAGCUUCUUAGCAUUUGAGAAUCCAGGUUCAUCUAAGAUGAAACUCAGACAUAAACCUGAAGUUUGAGGCAGAUGGCCGACCAUCCUGAGCCUGGUUCUGCUGGAGGUUUCUUCCUGUUAAAAGGGUUUUUUUUCCCCUCUCCACUGUCACCAACGUGCCGCUCAGGAUGGGAGACCGUGACAAAGUGAUACAACCCAAUCUGCUGGCUUCAUUAGAUUGAUUUUUUCUGUACAGUGCCCUGUGACAUUUGUAGUGGCUUGGCGCUAAAUCAUUAAACUGAAUUAAAGCGAAUCUGCAGAACUCACUUAGACAGUGAUUCUGUGCAGCUCGCCACAGUCUACUUGUGAGUUUGUGUUGUCGAUGACUUUUUUGAAUGUUGUAACGACUCAACCGUUCUGUGAAUCACUGUCAUUGUUUCGUGGCUUCUUCAUCGUGUCUGCCUGUCUGAUACCUGUCUGCCCGUUUUGUCUGURAUUACUCUGCCUGUCGACUAACACUAAAUAAAGAGCCUGUUCAGUUGCAAACCGAUAAAAGUAGGGAGCAAAUAAAAAUGCAUGUGUUUCUGUAGGUGUCUUGUCGCCUCAGUGUUUGACAUGUGCCCACGUAUGUAACCUGAGACCAUGAUGUCCUARCAAGAAAGAGGAGUUGUGUCUUUUAAGACUCUGUUCGACCAACAUGUCACUGUGAGGGGGAGAAGUUUGGAGGAAGACAACAACAUGGGAGCGAGUUCAGAAGACCAGACCUUAUCACUGAUUCCCGAGGAAUGAAAGCCAUGUUCCAAACAAGAGCCAUCGUUCYGAAGGUUGAGUCGGACUAAAAGAUUUCAGCAUUCGCUUUAACUCAAUGUGCUUAACUAAUAAUGUCAUAGAGAAAAYGAGCCGCAGCUCUUCUUUAAACGUUCCCAGACAUUUUAGUUCCAGAUAGAGCGACAGGCAGGAAGUCACACAAACAGACGCGUAAAACUUUCCAAAUCAUGUGUGUAUUGAAAUAUUGUAUAAAAUCAUUAUAUUUAUCAAUAAACUUUUCAAAAAUUA